GUGCCAUUUGUGACAUUGUGCUUCAACCUCCCUCAGUAUUCAUAUCAAUAUGCUCCUCUUGGGCUCUCUUCUCUCAUUUACGGCCCUUGCUACGGCAGCAUGUGCCGCAAGGUUUCCAAAGCCACAAAUCAAGCCCUGGGUGCCGCCUGGACCAGAUGAUUCUCGAGGACCGUGUCCUAUGAUCAACACUCUUGCCAAUCAUGGUUACCUACCUCAUCAUGGCCGCAACAUCACCGCCUCAAUGAUUGAGCACGCCUUCACCUCAUUCCUCAACGUCGAAGCAGGCUUCGCAGAUGCCGCCAGAGACUUUGCCAAAGCUUUUGGCCAUGACGUGUUCGACUUAGUCGACCUCAACACACCAGGCAUAAUACAGCAUAUAACGUCUCUCACGCGGGACGACUACACCCCCGAGCAGCCUCAGCUGAAAGCAGACCCUCUCCGAAUAGAGAGUCUCCUCGCUGAUAGCGACACUCCCUUCCUCACAGUCGACUCCAUUGCAAAGACACGCUUGCGCCUCCUACAAGAGUCAGAGCCAAGAGUCCUUCCCGACAAUCAAGUCACAUUCACUCUUUUCGAGGCUGCAAUGACGCUUACCAUGAUGGCUGAUCACAGUCCCGAUGCGGAUCAUGAUCCCCCUCCCUCAGCAUACCAAGGUCCCAAGGACCGUAUCAGGAUGUGGUUUGAGGAAGAGAGGUUUCCCACCGAGUUUGGCUGGAGACCAUCGAAGAGAACGAUCAAACUGGCCGAUAUGAGCCCUGCAAUUGACGCGAUUGUAAAGUCGAUGGAGAAGCAGGAUCAGAAUGGCAAAGUUGCGCUCAAGUUUCACAGUUGA